AUGAGUUCCUCAAUAAUCACCAAGAGCCUUCUGGCACCCGUCGCUCGCGCUGUGCACUACAUCGCUGCGCGCGAUGACUGCGACAAUGGCGACACAAGCGCCCGCUGUGAAAAGCCCUUCCAGACCUCCAAGAUUAUCGGUAUCACCGUCGGCGCUACUGCUGCUGUGCUUAUCUUUGGUACACUUGGUGUCUUAACGGUGUUGCACAUGAGAAGAAAUAGAGUUGAGCGUAAGGAGGAUGAAAUCGACCUUGAGAUCGACGGCGACGUCUACGACUACCCGGCCACGGGCAAACCCACGCGUGCCUGGCAGCCGCAUGGUGGUGAACACAACCAACCAGGAAACGACAACCCAUUCGAAGCCGAACGCCAGCCUCACCAGCGAGCCGAGAAUCCUUUCGAGCCAGAACGACGGUAG